GGCGCCAGCAGAGCCGGGCGAGCUGCCGCCUCCGGUUUCGCCCGCGCGCCGCGCCCUUCUCCUCCUGCUCUCCUCGCCCUCAGGCCUCAUCCAUCCUCUCCUUAAUUAUAAGUAGCCUGCUCUGCUCUCUUGUGUUCACCCACCCUGGCGGCUGGCGCAGCUCAUCGCAGUAGACCGACCCUAGCUCACAAGUGUCUCCUUGUUUAUUUCGUUUCGUGGUGCCCACGCACAACAUGGCGGAGGCCACGACUGAGCCUGCUCCGGCGGCGGCGGAGGGCGCCGGUUCGGGGGAGCAGCAGCAGAAGACGGUGGUGGUGGUCGGGGUGGACGACAGCGACCACAGCUACCACGCGCUCGAGUGGACGGUGCGCCACGUGGCGGCGGGCAUGGCGGGCGCUGCCGACCUCGUCAUCGUCCACGCCAAGCCCUCGCCGUCCUCCGUCGUCAGCUUCGGCGGGCCCGGAGCCGGCGAGGCCAUGAGGUACGUGGAGGCCGACCUGCGCAAGAUGGCCGAGGCCGUCGUCGACAAGGCGCGCCGCCUCUGCAUCGCCAACUCGGUGCACGCUCUGAUCGAGGUGAUCGAGGGGGAGCCCAGGUACGUGCUCUGCAACGCGGCCGAGAAGCACCACGCCGACCUGCUCGUCGUCGGCAGCCAUGGCUACGGCGCCAUCAAGAGGGCUUUCCUGGGGAGCGUGAGCGACUACUGCGCGCACCACACGCACUGCUCCGUCAUGAUAGUGAAGCGACCCAAGCCCAAGUGCUGAGCUCCGGUGCUCUGCUCGUCAGGUCCAUACUGCUCUGCUCCGGUGAUGACACUGGACUAGUGAAAUGCUGAUCAUGUACCUGCAACAGCCUCUUCAGCUGUGUGUCUGUCAACAAAUGAUAUUUAUUUUGUGGUGUUCGUGCAUCGUACCAUGUCGUGUUCUAUGCUGAUCAACUAAGCUGAUCACCUCAUCCGGUUACUCAAUGUACUUGUCGCCUAACAUGUGCAGAGAUUACCCCCUAAAAACAAGCAUGAGUGUUAAUUACAACAGAGACUGAUUCCUAUAGGAAGGAGAUACUACUUUUAUCAUCUAUACUCCUGCAGGUUCCUAUACCCCUAGUAAUCUUCCAAUAAGAACUUCCAAAGUAAAACAUCAGUACAAACACCUUUUAAACUUUACAACAUGCACGCAUCGAAGCAAUCAAAAUCGCAUAAAUUAAACCAAAGGCAACGAUGGUUUAACUCAAACUCUGUAUGACGAUA